AUGCCGGGAGAGGAGGAUGAGCUGGUGGCCUCUCUGAGCCUCUGGGAGAAGAGGAGAAGGGCUAGAAGGGGGGGGCAGGGAGGGAAGAGAGCAAAACCCCAGAACCUCUCCUCCCAGAGUCCCAUCCCUGCGUGCUCCCCACCCACCACUACCAUUAACCCAGUGAUGGAGAAGAGUGCAGGUCUGGGAGGUGAAUCCCCAGCCAAGAGCAGGAGCCAGGCAGGGAAGCAGGGAACGCAGCAUGAGGUGUCCUCUGAACGCCAGACCGGGCCACAGCCCUGCCUGGAAGGGGCUACUUCUAACAGAGCAGGCUCUGGCAGCCGAAGAAAGUGCCCGGGCAACAGGUGCAAUGUGGCCAUUGGACGUGGUGAGGCCAGCUCCAACGGGGUGAUGCUGCUGACAUUUCCCUAUGACUCUGAGGGCAUUAUCCAGAGUGACCUAAACUACUCAGUGAUCCUGGAGUGUCUGGCUUCUUCCAUCACCCCCAAACCUGUGCUGCACUGGACCUUCAAUGGGGAGCCCUACCAGACUGGGUCUAGGCUGAUCAUCCGGAGGCUGUCCUGGGAGCACCUGGGCACCUAUGUAUGCAUAGCCAAGAACAGCCAGGGACAGUACUCCUCCUCUCCGGUGACCCUCGCGCUGCCACAAGACAACGUGGAUCCCACAGACGCUGAGCCCAUUGAGCCAGACCCCGUCCUCUCGGUGUCAGGAGGAGGUGCCAUUGCCCUCCUCUUGGCUGGAAAUGUGGGGGCCGCGAUGCUGAUAGGAGGCAUAGGCUUCAUCAUCGUCCAAAGCAUAAGGUCUAACAGACAAAGAAUACGGUCAUGCUGCUGAAGUGGGCCCUUGUCUGUCAGCAUCAGAGGUGAUGCUGGGAAGGGCAACGAGCGCAUCCUGGGGCUGGGACAAGAUGAAGUUCCUGGGGGCUCCAGAUGAGACCUCCUCCAUCCUGAUUAUUUGUCUUGGGAUGUUCCCAUCUUGCUGAGAGUCCCAGAGACUGCCUUUCUCUCCCUCACCCCAGCUGCUGGUGCCCCAUCUGCCUAGCUCACCAAAUCCCUGGAAGCCACCUACACAAGUAGGCCAUACUUCAUAAAAUUCAUGGGCUGAAAGCAAAAGAUACUUCCUUAAGUGGUUCAAUAAAAACAAAAGGAGGAAUUUAAUACAAGGAUCUGGAAAGAUUUCCAAAACUAAGGACCUAUCAGCACUUGCUGUGUAACAAACUACC